CCGCCCGGCCCGCCGCCGCCUGUCAUCCUCGGGGUGCAGGGCUGCGGCCCCCGCGCUGCCAGCACUUCCGCAAACGUAACUGGAGUCGGGAAAACAAAGGCGCUGCCCGGGAGCCCUCGCCGGCCGCGCACAGCCGCUGCGGAAGGCGGGGGCGCGGGUGGGCCCCGCGGGGCCAGGCCCUGCAGCGCCGGAUCCCGCCGUCGCUGGGAGACCACGACUCAGGAUUUUGAAGGUCACAGACCCCAAUGGUAGUGGUAAGCCAUGGCUGCGGAUGAUAAAGUUGCUAUCCUAACUGAUGAUGAAGAGGAACAGAAGAGAAAAUAUGUGCUUGCUGACCCAUUCAAUGGCAUCUGCAGGGAACCAGAACCAGCUUCCAACGAAACCCCCUCCUCCACAGAGACGGCUGCUAUCCCCGAGGAGGAGAUAGACUGGAUAGAGAAGCACUGUGUGAAAAUAAACAAUGACCUUCUCAUUUCCAAGGUGUUUUACUUUUUCUUUUACUCCGCCUAUGGCUCUCUUUACCCACUCCUGCCUGUGUACUAUAAGCAGCUGGGAAUGUCCCCCAGCCAGAGUGGACUGUUGGUGGGUAUUCGAUACUUCAUUGAGUUCUGCAGUGCCCCCUUUUGGGGUGUAGUUGCAGAUCGUUUCAAAAAGGGCAAAAUUGUCCUCCUCUUUUCACUUUUGUGUUGGGUUUUGUUCAACCUGGGCAUUGGAUUUGUCAAACCCGCUACCUUGAGAUGCAUACCAAAGAUCGCUCCAACAGCUCACCCCACCAAUGUAAGUCACUCAGUAACUGUCCUGCCACUGAAUUCCUCCACCAUCACUUUCUUUACCACACCACUGAAAUCACGUGAGAAAAGAAACCUGCUGCGGCUGUCUGAAACCGAGCCCAAUAUCUCAGACACAGCUCUCCUCUCAACAGCGUUGGCUUUGACCAGUGAACCCAUGGUCCAGCCCGAGACAGAGGAGGUUACCCACCAUGCUAUGGACUUGAUUCUGAACACAAGCACAGCGAUUCCCACCCCCAGAGGAAAUGUCACCAGGGAGACAACCACUGCUGUUGUCACCACCACCAAAUCGUUACCAUCUGACCAAGUCACCCUUGUUUAUGACCAGCAGGAAGUGGAGGCGAUAUUCUUGGUUAUCUUGGUGGUUGUCAUAAUAGGAGAGUUUUUCAGUGCCUCUUCUGUCACGAUUGUGGACACGGUGACCCUCCAGUAUCUGGGAAAGCACCGAGACCGCUACGGGCUGCAACGGAUGUGGGGCUCCCUGGGCUGGGGCCUGGCCAUGCUGUCUGUGGGCAUUGGGAUUGAUUACACCCACAUAGAUGUGCUCAUUGAUGGGAAGGGGUGUAAACCCCCCGAGUACCGGAACUACCAGAUCGUCUUCAUCGUCUUUGGGGUUCUCAUGACCAUGGCCCUGAUCGUCGCCACGCAGUUCCGCUUCCGCUACAACCACUUCAAAAAUAGUGACAGUAAAGGGAAAGAGGUGGAGAUCCCGCAGGUGGAAAGGGACAACUCCACAGAGUCCUCCGAGGAGACUCCAACCGCUGCGACUCACUCGCAGGCCUUCAACUUCUGGGACUUGAUCAAGCUGCUGUGCAGUGUGCAGUAUGGCUCGGUGCUGUUCGUGGCCUGGUUCAUGGGCUUUGGAUAUGGCUUUGUGUUCACCUUUCUCUACUGGCAUCUGGAGGACCUGAAUGGAACCACAACCCUCUUUGGGGUCUGCUCAGUCCUGAGUCAUGUGUCUGAGCUGACCGCUUACUUCUUCAGCCACAAGCUUAUUGAGCUGAUCGGCCACAUCAGGGUUUUGUACAUUGGCCUGGCUUGCAACACGGCGCGAUAUAUUUACAUUUCCUACCUGGAAAAUGCCUGGACUGUCCUCCCCAUGGAAGUUCUUCAAGGCGUCACACACGCCGCCAUCUGGGCAGCAUGCAUCUCUUACCUCAGCGCAGCUGUGCCCCCUGAGCUGAGGACUUCUGCACAGGGCAUCCUGCAAGGCCUUCACCUGGGGUUGGGGAGAGGAUGUGGUGCCAUGAUUGGAGGCGUGUUAGUCAAUUAUUUUGGGGCUGCUGCAACCUUCCGAGGAAUUGGCAUGGCCUGCUUGGUGAUCCUCCUGCUGUUCGCCCUGAUCCAGUGGCUGGCAGUGCCGGACGACGAAGAAGACAAGACAAUGUUGGCAGAAAGGAUUCCUGUUCCCUCUAGUCCUGUUCCCAUAGCAACUAUCGACCUGGUACAGCAACAGACAGAAGAUGUCAUACCACGCAUUGAGCCCAGGCUUCCGCCCAAGAAAACCAAGCACCAGGAAGAACAGGAGGAUGUGAACAAACCAGCCUGGGGGGUCAGCUCUUCUCCCUGGGUGACCUUUGUCUAUGCUCUCUACCAAGUGAAAGAGAUAAUGCAACUGACAAAAGACAGCCGUGCUUCUGAGAUACAGCCUUUACAGGGGACCAAUGAGAAUUGGACAGUCUCUGCAGCUGCUGGAGCCCAGCGUGUCCCAUGUGAGACUCACUCUGACCUACCUAGAAACCAGCCAUUGCCAGACACAGCAGCAUUUCAAACACAGUCCAGCCCCACUCAUCCUAAUGCUGCCCCACACACAGAGGAGAGUGGGGAGCAGGAGGCUCAGCCCACUGCGGGAGAACACUGAGGGCUCCUAACAUCUCACACCUGCAUGGCACCCCAGCCAGGACAGAGGGUGAGGACCCAACCCUGAACAUGCCUGCCCAAGGGGAGAACCACACUGCAUAUGCUUCUAAAUAUCUAUUUAUGACUGUGGAAACACACACACACACACACACACACACACACACACACACGAGCUACAGCACAUACUGGCAGGGAGAAGGAAAUCUCCAUGGUCCUGUAGAGAUGCAGAACAACGCUGAGUGAGGACCCCUGCUCGUGGUUAGUUAGGUCUGACCUAACUUCUUUGCCAGGGUGUAAGGGUGGGAAGCAGAACUCACCAAGUUGGGAGAAUGAGAGAGUCUCAACGUGAACAGGGAUUUCAUCUCCCUUUUCUGAUUAUUUAUUCUAAAUAUUGGGUUCUUGGGGAGAAGAGAGAGGAAAAGAGUGUAUCUAUAGUUUUAUUUGACUUGAAGAAAAACAUUUUAAAAAUUAUAAGACAUAUUUAAAAGGGAACCAGAUGGAAGCUAGCAGAACAUAUGCUUUUUCUGUUGUUUAAAAAGUUCAAAAUUUCACUGAACUUUGCACAUCUCUAGCAAAUAUAUUUUUAUAUGCAUAUGGUAUAUAGUGAAAGUAGUUCCUUGAGUAGCAAAACUGUUAUUGACUACUGCACACUGAGUUGAGAUUUAAAAUGCCUUUGUUGCAAUGGGCUGUGAGAAUGAGCAGAAGUGAAAGAACAUUUCACAGAAUCCAACCAACUCAGUAUCCUAAGACUUGACAGACAGGCUUGACUAAGCAGGUCCUACUGUAACAGCCCCUGUCACUGUAUUUCAGAGUGACUCGGGGGUCUAAUUAGCUAAUGAAUAAAAAUCAAUUCACUGGAUUCCUAAGCAUUAAGUUUAAAAGUAACAUUUACACUGAACAAGAUUAUUUAAGUGCCUGGGGGAGGGACGCAAUGCUUAAACAUUACAUGGUAGGUCUGUUUUGUUUGGGAGGUAGUAAAUGGGAAGCCAGGAAUGAGAAUUCUGGGAAUAAGAGCAAUGACUUUCUGAUGACUUAAGAAACAAACCUUAGUAUAUUCUCCCCCAAAUCACAGUCAUACACUGGAACCUUUUAGCUUUGGGCUACAGCUAUACCAGCACAGACAGGAGGUCUGGGUGGUCACAUACAGAGCUUGGUCCUGCAAGGACAGCAGAGGCUGAGAGAGGCUGCGGAGGUGUGGGGAAGGGGGUGCUAAAUGAAGGGCAGUCAUAUUGUGGAUACACACUGAGGGUGAAAACCAGAGAAGGGUUAGGGAAGGGAAACCCAUGGUCGCCUCCAAGCCUGAAGGGCUCUAAUGUGGAGGCUCUGCGUGCCAGCUCUGCCUGCCCCUUCAUCUGGGAGACCUUCUACACGUGGGCAUCUAGCCUCAUCACAAAACACAGCUGAAAAUGAGGGAAACAAUUAAGCAAAUGGUUGUUUUGCACUAGAAUGGUACUGUACUUUCAAUCAUCAUGACUCAUUUUAAGUGACCUUUAAAAUCAGAUGUAUUUAUUAUGCUUGUGAAAUUACAGAAAUGAAGUGGGAGACAGGCUGAGCCCCACCUAUGAAUGUACAGAAUGUGGAUCUGUGAAGCUGACUGUAGGGAGUCAGAACCUUGUCUCUUGUGUUUACAGUUCUGGUUGAUGUCUUUGAAAAGCCUGCUGUUUUUGGCGAUGCACAGUGGAUGUGUAGAAAUAAAAAGUAAAUACCACUUUAAAAUAUUUCUUAAAUGAAAAACAUGUGACCAAACAAGUGAAAAAUCCUCUGCUGUGAUGAACGACACCAAAUUCAACAUGCCUUUGUUACAAAAUGUUUACUGUAAGCGUCGAUCCAACAAUGCAGUAAUUUCCAGCCUUCUCAGCUGACACUCCUAAGUUUGUGGACUUUGUGACUUUUUCUUCCUGUCCUUAAAGUGCCAUAUGUCACUUAAAAAUAUUAAAAUGAAUUCCUAUUAAA